UUCUAAACCCUAAACUCUAAAUUCUAAACCCUAAACCCCACCCCUUGAGUGCUAUUUUGUGACUUUUGGCCUUGAAUAUUAGUUUGGGAACAAAAACUUGAUUUAUUGCUAUUUUGGUUUUUUUCUCUUUAUAAAAUGGCGAAUGUUGUUGGAUGCCAAUACUUUUACCGUUUUACCAAUUGCCAUUGAGGAAACGAAAAGUAGAACGUUGGGGUGAAAUACUUGUCAUUUAGUACUUUUGCACUGUUAAGCUGAUAGAGCCAAAAAAAAAUGAAAUAGCUACAAAAUACUUAUAUCAACUUGAUUUGGAUCCAAAGAGAAAAAAACUUAACUAAAACAUCAAUCCUCGGAGACUACAAACAGACUGAGAAUCUUUUUUAAACCAUAAAGUUUUCUGUCAUUAUUUGAUCACUAUAUUAAAACACAGAUACCGCAGUAAAAUUUAUAAUGACUGUCAAGAGAAAAUGAUCAAUCUACUUGUAAUACACUAUGGUUUGACUGGUGAUCAUCCAGGAAAUAAAAUGAACAAACAUAAAAGGAAUAUACGGAAAAAAAAUAGCAAGAAAGAAAAUGAAUGAUUGUUCCUUUAAUUUUCUAAAAAAAAGAACGAAAGAGAAUGGGAGGGAAUUAUUAUUCCUUGUGAAUGAUGAUUUUUUAAUAGAAACGUUAAGGAAUGCAUUAUUCUCCAUCGUUAUCUGGUCACCAUUUAUUUUUUAAUACUAUAUUAUAUUAUACGAUACUUUGCUAUGUUCUUUUUCCAUGUUUUACUCAGCUACGGUUGGAGCAGGACUUGACGAUAGUUGUCCCAAUAAUCAUUUCUAGUCAUUGGGGUUUCAUCGAAGAUUGAUAAGUAUGAUUAAUUCUCUAAUGAUACAAUAAAACAACAAAAACUAACAAAAACACGUUCUAACGAAAGACUCGACAGAAAGGACAAGAUGACUCAUUUAAUUUAAGCUACUGGUCACUCUCUCCAGGCGCCGCGCUCUCUCUCUCUCUCUCUCUCUCUCUCUCUCUGGGAAUUGGUGAGUCAGUUUCACCACUGAGAGCUUAAAUUCGCCUGACCUUCACCUCUACUUAUCUCUUCCCCAUAUUACAGAAGACUAGAGAUUAAAAAAAACAGUCCUUGUGAAUCCUUUUGUUCUUAGAUAACUUUUUCAUUUUCUAGGCUUAAAAAUCCGAAAUUGAAACAUGGGUCUUGCUUUAAUUCUGCAGAUGGAGACUAGAGAGUUCCCUGCAUGGCUUGAGGUUUUGCUAAAGGAGAAGUUUUUCAACGCUUGUUUGGACCAUGAAGAAGAAAAGAAGAACGAGAAGAACAUUUUGUGCAUCGACUGUUGUCUUAGCAUCUGUCCUCACUGUCUCCCUUCACAUACCUCUCAUCGUCUCCUUCGGAUAAGAAGAUAUAUGUAUAACGAUGUUUUGAGGGUAGAGGAUGGCUCGAACCUAAUGGACUGCUCUUUAAUUCAGCCAUACAUAGUGAACAGUUCGAAAGUUGUGUUCAUCAAUGAACGGCCUCACUCUCGACAGUUUCGUGGCUCCGGCAAUUUUUGCAACACAUGUGACCGGUCUCUCCAAUCUCCUUACCUCUUCUGCUCUCUCUCCUGCAAGAUCAGUGACGUCAUAAUGAGACAAAGAGGACUCUCGGGGUUUCUCCGCGUCUGCAUCUCUCUUAACUUAACCGACGAUGAGGGAGGAGUAGACAUGUUCUUGUGUCAGGCGCUCGCUUGCACCGCUGCAACUGAAAUCGUUCGCAAGAAGAGAAGCAGCUUGAGUUCGACUUGCCGGAGAGUCACCACGGCGGUUUCCUCGGCUAACACGGAAGCUCCGGCGAACUUUUUUAACCGAAGGAAGAAUACGCCGCCGCAACGAGCUCCGCUCUAUUAGGGAGGGCCGUAUGUGUGUGCGGUCCAAGUGAUAAGUAGAAUGUAUUCACGUAACGUAACAAUUUAGUCUACUUAUCUGUAACGAAUCAAAGUUAAGUUUUUCAAAAUGAAAUUUAAAAUAUAUAGGAGAUGGAAAAAAGAAAAAAACGGAGCUCUUCUGGUUUUGUCUGGUCUGUGUACAGCUUAAAGGGAGAAUUCUAUGCUAUCUAUUUUCAAACAAUUUAAACAUAAAUCAUAUUUUUGUA